GGAAUCUUUAGUUGCAAUGUAUCCAAAAAUCAAGAAAAAGCAUGAUAAGAAAAAGCGUAAUAAAAAAGGUGCUAAAAAAAAUCGUGCGAAUCAGAAUGUAAUUAGUGAUAUUAGUGAUGUUAAAGAGAUUAGUGAGAUUAUUGAAUAA